UACAAUUUAGUACAUAGGUCGAUUAGGUUCCAUGUAACCGUCUUGCUUGUAAUAAGUAACUAAAAAACACUAAGCACGAUUCGUGGUCACUAUACCGUAAGUAGUAAGGCAAUGGAUAGACCUAGUACAAGUCGACAGUCCGUGGAGAAGAUUGAAGUAUUCGAAGUACGUGAACAUGUUCCUUAUCAAGCUGAAGUGACUAGGGCACCAGCGGCAUACGACGAAGAGAGUGGGAUAGCAUACGAUUCCUCAUGGGAUUCGGCUUGGCGAGCAAUCUGUCAGCUUUACAAUUUACUCCAUCAUAUGCAAGUGGCGAUCGUGGUGUUUUGUUUGUGGCAUUUCGCGCUGACGUCGGAACCCAACGGAGCUAUCACUAACUUGCAACUGCACAUCAUCUUCGCGGGCACUGGUUACCAGCUAUUCCUUGUAGAAGCAGUGUUAACAUUACAUCGACAUAACUCCUGGUCAUUCCAACUCUCUCCUGAUGCCAAACGAAUCGUCCACGGAUGCCUGCAGCUAAUUGGAUCGGUGUUCGUGUUAGCAGGUAGCUUCCUAGGACUAGCCGAAGUUAAUAUGACCAUACCUACUGCUCAUGGAAUAUGUGGUGUAAUCGCCCUGGGAUUUUCUCUAUUAAGUUUUGUAUCAGGCGUCAUGGCACUAUUUUCUGCCAAAGUGCGACUCAUGGUUAAAAACGGUCCUAUGAAAAUGGUGCAUAUGGCGGUCGGCAUUUUUGCUAUAUCCAUGGGCCUUGUGACGAUGGCUAUGGGUUUCCAUAUGCCGUACUUCAGUGCUCGACAGGGUGGUCUGUCGACUGCUUUAAUAGUUUUCGUAGUAUUAAAUCUUGCUUACAUUCUUAUACAGCCGAUUGUUAACAUAAUAUCAACAACAAAAAGCGUUAUGUGACUAGUCGAUGUCAAGGGCUCGACAGAUGGCGACAGUGUAGCCUAAUGUUGUAUAUCUCGCUCUUACGUAACUCAAAAUUGGUAAAAAGUGUUAGUGAACUACCUACCUGAAAACUAUUCAGGUUUCACAGCUUAAAUAAAAAAUACACUUCUUUUUCAUACAUUGCUUAAAAAAUAGGUUUCUUUUCUUAUUAGUGAAAUCUCUACAUACGCAGAAGUCUUUUCUAUGUAGGUAGUUUAUUACCAAAUACUCACUUGGCCAAUUUUGAGUUUUUUUUUUUUUUUUGUAUAAAUGUAAAUGGAAUAGUAACCCCGUCUGCGCUAUCGGUAUAUACUGGCGUGGCACUAUUAAGGGAUAAUAAGUAAAUAUAAAGCAGGUCAGUUAGCCCAUCGUGACAAAUCCACCUUUGUGAAACACACAAAUUCACCACUGUGACAAGGAACCUUUUGAUCGUUAAUAAAAUUUCCCUUCUGUCUUCCUGUACUUAAUAUAAGUUAGAUAAACAUUCCUUGCUGUAAAUUUUUAUAAGUGUGCUAAAACUGCAUGCUGCAUGGGAAAUUUUGUCCGGUCUAACUGUCCAUCGUCUGUAUAGAUUCUAAUGAAUUCUUAGUAAGCAAUUUACAGUCUCAUGUUUACUAAGUCAUUUUAUAAAUAAUUAGAUUUAGGUCAAUUAUAGCUAAAUAUUUAAUGUCAUAACCACUGAUAAAUAUUUCAUUCAUCAAGUCUCUAUCAUCCAGAAUUUUUUAUUAAGUUGUUUAUUCGGUCUAUAGUGAGUGUGAUUGCUCCUUGGUGUCAUUUUAUCAAAAAUGAAAAAUAAGUAGGUACACCAUUAAUAAUUAUUUGAAGAAACAUAUUGUAAAAUAGAGAUAAAUCUAACUUAAAUCAUUUAAUUUCCUAAUUUACCUUAAAUCCUUAAAUAAGGUAUAAUGUGUUAGGAUAUAUUUUUAAUUUUAAUUUUUAAUGACUUUUAAAGAGAGAACUUUUGAUAUUUUAUAUUUAUAUUCACAAGAGGUACGGUUUACUCUAUUAACUCAUAUAAAUUUUAUCGUGAAUGAAAUAGCGGAUUUUUGUAAUUUAUUUUGAAUUUUCAAUUUCAUUGAUUUUGCUUUGUUCUUACACAAAUCUCUAUGUACAAUAAAAAAAUUUAGUGUUUUAACUCUUAUGUAGAUAUUUAAAUUACGUACCUGUAACUUUGGUAACAAUACAAUAUCUAAUAACUCUAUCAUACAGCUGGUCUGAUAAUACAGAUUUUUUAUAAAUAUAUGUAGCUAUAUUUUAAACUUAACGCGAUGAAAAUUUUUGCUGAUAAAUAGUACCUACCUAUAUACCUGCUACCGAUAUUUCUACGUUGUUUGCACCAUGACGUGGUCAUAACAGGACGACAGUCCUGUGUAUUUAAAAUAUAUGUAAACAAUGCGAAUUUUUUAAAUUAACUAUAUGUAGUUGAUUUUUAAGUAUAAUUAUUAAAUUUAAGGAAUAACAUUGGAAGCACGCUAGUACUAGGUACACCUAAGUACUAACUUGGCAACAACAAUUUCUACAUUCAAGUAAUUUUUUUAUAUUUGUUUGUUAUUAGCAAUUAUUAUUAUUAAUUGAUAAGAUACUUGUAUUGUUAUUUAGUAUAAUAAUAUUAAGUAAUGUGUAAGUGAAGAUAUACCUACUUUGCUACCUAAGGACGUGUAAAACGAGUGUGCUUGUAAUAAAUUAAAUUCUAAAUAAUA